ACUAGCGGACAAUGGCCGGGUUCCCGUACGGCUCCGCCCGAGGUCUGGGCGGGAUGCAGAUCUUCCUGGGACUCGCUGCCAUGGGGCUGGGGAGCGGUGACUUGGUCAUGGGUCUUUCAACCCUUGGAUACCACGGUCGCUAUUUCGGAUUGUACAUGCUGGGUACCGGCAUCUGGACUGGCUUGUUUUUCCUGAUAGCAGGCAGUCUGGCAGCUUCUAUCAGGGAGGGACGAACUGCUGGAUGUAAGAUCGGCGCCGCCCAAACCAUGUCUCUGCUCAACACCUUCAUCUUCGCGCCGGGUCUGACUGCCGUCUCAACGAUGAGCUUCUGGCUUGAUAGCACAAGUUACUUGUACUACGACUCGUACUACAGCAAUUAUCCAUCCUACGUCACAUAUGCCGGUAUGAACAUUUUCUAUAUGGAGAUCGCCCUGGCCGUCGUUGGAGUAUUGGAGUUCAUCUUCUCCGUAGCAACGGCCUCGGUGUGCUGCUGUGGCGGUCCGUACGACCAACCUGCCAUCAACCAGGUCGUCCCUAUGCCGAUGAUGGCUUUCUCCGCCCCCGUGCAGCAGCAAGUCGCUCCUGCACCCGUGGCCAGGCCCUCGCUUGGACUUAGCGAAAGGCCCGGGACCAACUGGAACACGGGCGGGGCCAGUACCUCCGGACCAUCGGGCGGUGCCACCGGAGGGGACGGGCAGAUGGUGACACUCCCCGCCGCCGAACUCGGCAUGCUGUACGCUAAGGCCAGCGCCGUGGAGGAGUAGGUCUUUCAGAGGCCCGCUGUUCGUAGUUUCCACAGCAGGCUCAAUGAGGUCCUUUUUUCGUCUUUUAUUCGCUUAUAAUACAACGGGGCCAAUGUUAAAGCGACCCAGUACAAAACGAAAUGGCCAGCAAAAGUGUAUUAUACA